AUGCAUACAUACAAUGCUUGGCACCGAAUGGACCAAAUCAUGUUCAGCCAUGGAGUGUCGACACGGCCAAGCCUGCCACUCGACCCGGAAACUGAGGGACUGUUGGCACUGAAGGAUGAAACUCUUCUCAAGAUUGAUAGCAUUGAAAUCAAGUUCAAGAAUUUCCAAGAUCUGAACGCAUUCUGGAACGCAACAAAGGCUGAGUGA